AUGGCCAGUCAAACCGUUAUGUGGAUCAUCAUCUUCGCCGUGUGUGGAGUGACCCCAGUCAUUUUGGCUCAGGAUACCUUCUAUUGCCACAAUCUGCAAUACGCUGGCCCGAUAAAAGAAGUAAUAGAGAUGAGACCAACCAAACUGGCAGAGAAGACAUCCAAUGCAGCUAAGAUAGGCAUUGGUUUCGCAAAGACCAUGACCUCAAAUGCCAUAGGAGAAAUCCCAGUAGUAGGGUCCAUCCUGAGUACGCUUUUUGAUGAGUUAGCGGACGUAUAUGGACCUGGGGGAGACCUUGAUCCAGAGGACGUUUACAAUAGCUUGAAGGUCGAAAUAGAUCAGCUCAAAGAGUACAUGGACCAGGAAAUUUCAGAAGCGAAAUUAGACUACAUUAAGAAAAUAUUUGGAACAAGUAAUGGAGGCAUUCUCAGCUAUUCGAUGCACUGCCAGAAAACGUACAAGAAUGAUGCAGAGGACAUGGCGCCUUGUUUGGAGAACUUGCACAGUAUGCUGACCACAUAG